AUGGGCGAUGAUUCUUUGAUAUUACGAGAAGAUGGCUAUGUUCGCAUGACUUUUCCCAUUACCUCGCUAACGUAUCACAGUAACUUAAAUGUAAUUCUUGUGAAAACCGAUCAUGGUGGUGUACACGUUUUGGAUGUUAACUCUGGUGUGAUUCUUCAGUCCUCUUGUCUAGCAGCGGAUGGAAAAGGAAAUUUGGGAGUGGAGUAUGUCUCUGGCGCGGACAGAGUUUUCGUGUGGGAUUGCAGUGCUAUUGGCGCUCGCACGGAUUACAAUGGAGUUUUGCUCCUCCACACAGCUUUGCAGCGGUCUCUGGUCCCCUCACAGCCACAAGAUAGUUUGGUUCAAAUGGAACUUGUCCUAUCUGAGGCAGUAUUGCUGUACCAAUGUGUCCAGACCCUUGAUGCACAUUCAAUUGAUGGUCUCUCUGACUUCAUCAAAGCACUCAAGAAGGCCAUUGAUAGUGAACCCGUCAAGAAAGGUGUCAAGGCGCAAAAGUGGAGCACAGUGAUAAUAAAAAUUUCACAGUCAACCCUAAGAAUGGUUAUGUUGGGCAUUGUACAAGAACUAAAAGGUCAGAACAGAAGAAUUCCAGCUUUGGCUAUCGCUUCUGCUAUUGGACAAAGAGCUAACGAACUGCUGCCUUUUAACCGAGAUGAAGAGUCCAGAGCCUUGAUGUAUUCAGAAGCAGAAAGAAAGGAGACCUUUAAAAGAUGGCCACAUAUGGAUUACAAAUGGGCGUUGCCAGCUCGAAUGGCCCAGGCAGGCUUCUACCACCAGCCAUCCCCCAAUGGCGACGACCGAGCCAUGUGCUUCACGUGUAUGGUGUGCCUCGUUUGUUGGGAGAAAUCGGACGAACCCUGGGUGGAGCACGAAAGGCAUUCGCCUAACUGUCCCUUUGUGCGGGGCGAAUAUACACAUAACGUACCGAUUUCAGUAACCAAUGCAACAGCCUGUGCAGUUCGAUGUGCAAAUGUAAAAGUAGUUUCAAAGGGCAACACUGGCGACUUUAUAGCGACAGGCACAUCGGAUGGAAAGGGAAGCAUCUGGAAGUUUGACUGCGGCCUCAAGUUAAAAAAUGUCUUCAAUAUAUCGCCUUAUGAUUCAAUAUUCAGUGGCAUUCUCACUAAUGAUACACACAAAGUGUGGUCGGCCAGUCUCGAAAAGGACUCAUCUACGUAUGAUAUUGAGCUCACUGCCAUGAGUUUUAUUGGCAUGGCUUUACACCAAGAAAAAUAUCCUCAAGCACAAAAUACGGAAAAUGUGGAGAAAGAGCUGAGCACUACCAAUAUCAAACCGUCUCUUGUAUGCGCCGUUAUUGUCACCAGAACAGCGACGACACCCACUAACCAACCCAUCCAAGAUGACUCCAGUAAAGCACUCUUCGAUUCAGGCGACCCUGAGAAGUCCAAGGAGAGCAUCAAGGCAAUGAAUGACCAAAAUGAAGCGAAGAGUAACUUGACGUGUACAAAUAAAAUGUUAUUUUUACUCACAUAUGAUAUACACCAUUCUUCCACGAGUUCGAUGACAACGAUGGGCCACACAUCUAACAGCAGCGGAGGCAACUCGAAGCCAGGGGGAAGUAAAAAAGUGUGCUCUCUCCAGAGAACUGAUGAAACAAACAUAUAUGACGACAUAUUUUUUCAAUACUCUGACGAAGACACAGAUCUUCCGAUGCACUGCACGAAUUUGGAGGAGCAGCUCAGCAACGUUUUUAAUUUAGACGCGUCAUCCAGCAAAGAAGAUUGUAAAGUUUGGGAACCUAAAAAGAUAAUAUUCACCAAACCGUUUAAAGUGCUUCCACCGCCGCCGCCUACGGCUCUGCUACCAGAGCUUCCAGAGGGAGCCCAAGCUAGCGUUAUGGAAUACGUUGGUAAAUUUGCUGUUAAGACAUGGAAGAGUAGUCUGGGUGCUGUAGGGACAGUUAUAGACCAGACUGACGCGAUACAAGGGAGUCCGAUUACGCAUUUCCUCAGUAUGCCUGGCCAGGGUCCCUUAGAAAUAUCGGACUUGAAAUGGUACGAAGGUGUCGAUAGCUCCGAAAAAGUGAAGUUACCGAUUACAAUGAAAAGCAAACCUGGUACGCAAACAGUCCUCAGCAAUAAUCCCAAUGAAGGCUUUGAGAAUGAGCUGCCCGCCGAAGAGGCUAUUUCGCAAGGAAUCGCUAUUCAAUGCCUCGGUCUGCCUGCAACUCUAAAAAUCGCAGAUGACUCUAGAAUCACCCAUCUUUUACCUUCUGAAGACAAGCAGCAUUUGCUCGUUAUCGUUUCCUCGAUUGAUCCCAACAGUGUUAAGGACGCCGUGGAAGUCGCCGCAGAGAGUGAAGCAAAAAUGGACGUGGACGAAGUCGACCAAAUCGAUAAGACUGAUGCAAAUACGUAUUUUCUAUACUAUAAAAUUAACAAUAAAACUUGUACUUACACCCUCGAAGAUAAUCCCGUUAACGUAAAAGAGUUGCCAUACGGUGAGAGUCCUGUGGACCUGUGCUUGUUGCCUCUAGAUAAAAACGAGCAAUACACGUUCGCAUCCGUCGGUGCCGACGGACAACUGAGGCUGUAUUCGAUCCCCGAUUUCAACUUGAUCUCGGAGAAAAGAGCACCGAAGGGAGAGUUCACGUCCAUCACCUACUGCGCAUCUGUGGAGCGGUUGAGCGUUUCCACAAAACAGGGAACGAUAUAUUUUUACGCUUUCAACAAUGACGAUAAAGACGUAUCCGGUGAGGCGAUCGAAGAUGACUUGGCGAAUAUUGAUUUCGACAUGCUACAGCGGGCGCCCAAAGAUAUCGGGCCCGCGCCGCCCCCCGUUAUUCUAGCCAAUAAGACCGAGUUGGAUGAAUCUGAACUUAAUUCUUUAAUGUCUCUUACUGGGUCUUAUUGCCCUAAUCCCACGGUACCGUACAGCGCCGUUGUGCCCGGAUUCUGGUGUGAAUUGUCGCCCGCCCAACGUUCUCGAUCAGACCACCAGAACAACAAGUCGUGGAGACUUCAAAAUACGUCUUCAACUUGGGACGAACACGUUUUAGAAUUGACCUUGCCGUACAAUGUACCCCUGGCGUAUAUUGAAUUUGCUUUUACGUUACAUUCCUCGAAUUCUGUCAACUUACCUAUAAUACAAGUGACAUUAUUGAAGCAAAAUUUACAUGGUAUAGGAUAUUAUAAAGACGCCACUUUCGGUCAGGGUCUGGAGUCAAAUUCACGCUUUGCCGUAACGGUAGACGCGCCUAACGUUGAAAAUCCUGUGAAUAGCGAAGAAUAUUUGAAAGCGCAUAACGCAGAGAUCCUGGCGGGACCGCUGCUACUGUCUUCCGGCUUAGACAUGAGUCAGCAAUCCGGUACGCUGAUACUAACGAGUCCAAGACUGUACCGAGCCAGAGGUAGAACGUUCUUAAUCCACAUUAAAACUCUGUUUGACCCCGCUAAAGAUAUAAACAAGGGUCCGAUUCCAAAAUCAGGAGAAAGCAGUACAAAGAAGUCGAGCUUUAUCGGUUGCGACUGGUUGCAUCAGAUAUCAAUAACGGUGAGAUCCACGCCACACACGACCGUUCCUAUUGAACGACAGCAGAGAAUUGCCAUGCUCGAAUCCAACAGCUUUUUAAAUACGCUCUGCGAAAUAGCCGUUAGCAAAGACUCAAAUGAGAAGCGUAAAUUGGCCCUCGAUAUAUUGAGCUGGGUUAUAUCGAUACGUCUUCAGCGCAUGCGCUUAGCGAAGAACGAAAAGGGUAAAGACAAGGACGCGCCGAGCUCCGCUGAAAUUCAGCAAUUGGAAUGCAUCGCUGUUAUCGAGAAGCACACGGAUGCGCUGCUAAAGAAGUGCAUUUUAUGCGCGAACAGAAGCAUUGCUAAGAAAUGCGUUAAGAUCAUUCUCACGACUAGCGACGGUGUGAAACAGCUGCCUCGUCCUUGGAAGUGUACGUUUGAGAGCACGUUAACGUGUACCGUGAUAUCGUGCAUUCCAUUGGCGGGCGCCUGUGAGUCUCCUGGCGCGCUAAAAUGGCUGAUGGCUCUCGCACAGCACGGAACGUCGCGCGUCGCUGCGCCCGAGUUGGUGUCGCGGUGUCUUAACCUAUUGGAAAAAGCGGCGAGAUGCCUUCGUGAACGGACUAAUCCAUAUCAUCAGUUGCUUAGGGCCAGGUUCGGUUUAUACGGUCUAGCCCUGGAGCGCAGUAUUUUCUCUGUGGAGAUACCGGAGUUUGGUCGACCACCACUCCCGGUCACGUAUGCUAGCGUGCUAGCCGGUGAUGUGAUGGCGCCGUCGGCACCCAAACCAGAGUCGCAACUGAGGGAUCUACUUAACAUGCCACUCGACUCAAGUGAAACCAAAAACCAAACAAAUAACAACCAAACACAUAAUUGGUGUGAGCUAGAAGCGGGUGUGGGUGCAUUGACCAUGGUGGGAGAGGCAAUGCCAUUGCACGUGAGCUUUCAUGUCGCCUCCGAUGGUACCAAGCUGGAGUCCGCCGCGACUUCUCAUCCCCCGCCCGUAGUCACCGCACACACAGCCGAUUCGAAUCAGCUUUGGACUGUGGUUAAGGAGGGACAAAUGAAGCAGUCUUCUAAGGAUGCCUCUCCGGUAGAUGCUGACGGCUCAACGAUGGACUGCGAUCCCCAGGACAAGUCUGACGCUAAUGAAGAUAAAAUGUUUAGGGAUCAGGACCAAUGUGGCAUUCCGUGGGCUGCACUAGUAACGAGACCGCCACAGCACACCCUCGUAGUAGAAAGAAUGCACUCUGGCGCAAGGCGUUAUAUUGUCUUAGACUUUGGGCACACCGUGCGGCUGACUGAUGUUAUAAUUCCCUCGUGUUCUGACCUGGUCACACUGUGUAUAGACACCUGGUUGGUGGGCGAAGAGACAGAUUCAGUCAAAUUGGCCUUCGCUACGGAUAUUGCAACAAAACAUUUAGUACUCGCCGACAUUCAGCCGCCACUACUCUGCAGAUAUAUGAAAAUAACAACGAUUGGUCGCUACGGCAUGUCCGCUAUGAAAUGCAAGAUCCCACUCGGUUGGUUCUACGGCGAGAUCGCAGAUAUUGUCAACGUCAACGCAUCUAUUAACGCGUUGAAUGCGUUACACCAGGACCUCAGCUGUCGAUUCAGAUUGGCAACUGGUAAGCUGAUAGAUCUCCUCAACCCAUACUUAGAACUGUACAACGGGAAUGCAUCUCAUAUGAUGGCAUUCCUUAACCAGGCAGACACGGAUACCAAAGUGGUCCUAGCGUACCAGGAGUGCAUAGAACUGCAGCAGCAGUUGCAUAACUGCACGAACAUACUCAGGCAGUUGCAGAAAGCCCCCGAUUGCAACGAGCGGGUGCUAGCCGCGGUUGAAACUGGACAUGUGACGACUGAAGCUCUCUUAGACAGAGCUUCCACGGACAAGCUAAGAGUGAUCACGGAGAAUGUGGUCGAUCUGCUGUUGUACUUCCUGUUUCAGAUGAAUGAUGUGCAAUACGAGGAGAUUAGCGCAGAAUGGUGCCGCGGCGUUAUCCCGCUUUCCUGGGAGUGGGGUGGCCGCAGUGGCGCCGCUGUCGCCACCUUAUUAUCAAGAUUGUGUGGAUCGGCUCGUUGGUGGGGUCCGCUGCUCGCAGAUCACCUUGCUGCUGCGUUUGACGAACAUGACGCCCCGCCAUUGCCGCUGGACAGAUGUCUGGUUUCAAUAAUGUACAUGUCCCGAAAGAGCAUGUACGCGCACUGCGGGCGUGCAGAUAUAGGCGGUGUAACGCAAGCCUUGGCCUCUCGCACCCUAGAACUGGUACGAGGCGGCCCCGCCCCACCAGCCUUACUGGCGGCCAUGUUGGCUGCGCUUGCUCAUCUAUUAGACGCCGCAAUUGCUAAUAACACUACAAACACGAAUAAUAGAUGGGACUGGGUAACUGGUGGUCGCGUUGGGAGUGGUGGAGCUGGCGGAUCGUCGCCCGCAUACAGCUCGACGCCUCCUUUGCGGAAAGUAAUUGUGAAAUGUGGAAGAUUCCCAUUAAAACGCAGUGUCGGAUGGCGCCGGCCUCCUUUGAGUUCGUCGCUACCUCUUUCCGUCAACGUUGCAUUCUUGCCUCGUGUGAACGAUGUUGCAAUAGUACACGGGGCAGCUGCUUACUUGCGAUUUGCUAAGGGUGCGUCCAUAUAA